AUGGCUACCCAAGCCCUUGCGUCAUACACCGCGGGAAAGUAUAGCGAGGCCCUCUCCCACCUCUCCAACCUCUCGGUUGCACCAGGGAGCAGCGGUGACGCCGGCGGGUCUUCCUCCGACGCCUCCAGUGACUUCCGGGCCCAGCACAACCUCGCCCUGAGCGAGCAUGGCGCCCGCGGCUUCGCCGACCCGGCCAAGCUCGAGUCAACGCUCCGCGCUAUCCACUCCCGCCUGGCCAGAGCAAGCGCUAGCGGUGACGGCAGCAACAACUACUCAGACGCCGAGGAUGAUGACGCCUCUGACCAGGAGCAAGCCAACGCUUCCAGGCGAAGCAGCCGUGCCUUGACCGGGGCGCUUGUGGUGGGUACCUCCGGCGGGGCCAGGGCGGCUGCGACGGCGGUUGCGGGGCUGGCCGAGCUCGACGUCGACGCCUCCGUCCUCCUCUACAACCUGAGCGCCCUCCGCUUCCAGCAGAAACAGUACGGAGCCGCCCAGGCGGUGCUGGAGCGGUUGUUCCUGCACAUCGAGCCCCUGGACGAUAGCCUCGCGAUCCACAUCUGCCUGCUGCUGCUGGAUGUGCUGUGCCACUCGGCCAGGGGUAACCUCCACACGGAGGACAACCUCAGGAGGUUCUCGGCGCAGACGGCGGUGGUGCUCGCGUUCCUGGAGCGACCUCACGCGCUCAACUCUUCGAGCGGUGGCGGCGAUAGGUGA